AUGGCUUCAUUUCUUGAACUUAUAUCUUUUCUUAUCCUUGUUUGCUUUUUAACAGUCUUAGACUUAUUAGGUUCAUUAAUCAAAUUAAUGUCAAAGCAAUCAAAUUCAAAAUCUGAAAAUUUAGCUAGUGCAACUCCAAAUCCAGAACCAGAACAACAAGAACAAGAUCAAGUUUCACAACCAGAAAAACCAGUUAAAAUGAAACCAUCACCAACUCGUCUAUUAACACCAGAUCAUUUAAAGAAUUAUCCAAUUUUAAAUAGUACUAAAAAUGCAAUCGAAAGAAUUCCAUUAACUAAAAAUGUAUUUGGUAUGAUUGAUUCUUCAUUUACUUUUAUUAGACAUUAUCAACCUAUUAAAUAUAUUGUUGAAACUAGUGAUAAAUAUUCAAAUGAAAUUUUAAAUGCUGUUGAUAAAUAUUUACCAAGUUUAUCAACUACCGAAGUUGAUGAUAUUACAACACCAAUUAUUCAACCAGUUACUAAUGCUUAUGAUCAAGUCUCAACAAAGAUUCAUAAUUUAAAUGAAUCGGUUAAAAGAGAUGUUGUUGAUCCUACAAAAGAUUUAGUUGAUAAUGUUAAAGAAGAAUAUAUUAGUAAAAAUUUAGAAGCUGCUGAUAAACAAAUCAAAACAAAAGUUAUUGAUCCAUUUAAUGAAACUUUAGAAGCUGCUGAUAAACAAAUUAAAACUAAAGUAGUUGGUCCAUUCAAUGAAACUUUGGAACAAUUCGUUGAAAAUCAUUUUCCGGAUAAGAAAACAUCAAUUGAAGGUGAAACAAGUGAAUAUCAGAAAACAUUUAAAAUCGUUGGUAAUGUUAUAUCUAGAAAGAAAUGA